AGUUAUAAUCUUUUGAAAUUUUUGUUGUAUUGUACAAAAUAAUAUUUUUUGUUUUUACUAUCUAAAAGAUCGUACAAAUUGUUCAUAGGUUUGAUACGAUCAACUUUUGUCUAUAAAUAACCGGAUAACUUUCACUAGAAAAAAUAUUUAGAUAAUUAGGAAUAGUGUCUUUAUUAGUAUAACAGUAUAUUCGUAAGAUAUGAUAGAAAAUUCGAAUAGGAUACUGCUUUAAGAAAAAGAUCGUUCUUUCGCUCUUCGCUCAUCUUCCCUAUAGUAAAACCGAAGCGUGAGAAAAAAACGUGUUAAAAGAGGGAUACCGUUAUAUAUAUACGUACGAAUAAAUUGAAUUCAUUCUCUUGAAGUUUAUACGAUACAUUUAUAAAUAUAUUUAUAUAACUUGUGCAUUAUUCUUGCAAUUUUGCAAUAUAAUGUUAUUAAUUUCGCCACUUUAAAAUAAUAUUUAAAUACAAAUAAUAUAUAGAGUAAAAUCUAUUCAUAAAAGGCAGGUUAAAAAAACAACCGAAUAUUAAUUCAUUUGUUUAAAAAAAAGAAUUCGAAAUUAAAAAUGAAUGAAUUAUAUAGGAAUACCUAGUUUUACCUAAAUAUAAAGGGUAUAUAGCAUGUAGUAUUAGCAGGGUGCGCUAGUCGUAUUGUUUUCGUUUAUCAGCUGAUCGGUACGCCAGCUUGCAUGAUAAUCGUUUUAUAUUUUGAUUAAUUGUUGCAAAAUAAAUUUCAUUAAUAUAUUAUUAAUUUCAAAAUAACAGCAUAACAAUUUUUUAUUUACGUAUACAAAUAUAAUUUCUAGUGUUUAUUCGUCACAUAAAACGAUAAUGUAAGUACAAUUUCUUUUAAUUUUUUAAUAAGUUAGGCUAUGAUAACAAUAUGAUAUAAUAACGUUAGUCGUAAAUACAUUAUGGAAAUACUUACACGUUCUUUUUCAACGAAUUCGUAUUUAAUAGUAAUCAUACUAGAAAUUUUAUUUUGAUAUCAUGGGAGUACUUGGUUUAUGGCGAUUAAUUGAAGCUACCGGAAAACCAGUUCCUUUAGAAACGUUGGAAGGAAAAGUUUUAGCUAUUGAUGUUUCUAUAUGGAUUCAUCAGGUGUUACAAGGAUAUCAAGAUCGUCAUGGCAAUCCUAAGCCGAAUGCCCACUUAAUCGGAUUAUUUAAUAGAAUUUGUAAACUAUUAUAUUAUAAAAUCAAACCAGUCUUUGUGUUUGAUGGAGGUGUUCCUAUGCUUAAGAAAUCCACAGUUGCUGCACGCAGGAAGCAGAAAUCUAUCGCUGCAAGUAAGGCACGAAAGAUGAAGGCAGAUUUGAUAAAUAACUUGAUAAAGCAUACAGUUGUGAAAAGUGUAUUGAAUAAGAAAAAUGUGGAUGAAAACAUUGAAUCUUCUGAAAUAUCUACUAAUAUUUAUAGUAAACCAUCUGUAAACGAUGUCUUCAAAUUACCAGAAUUAACUAAUAUAGAUGAAAAGGACUAUAUAAGUAGCGAUGAUUCAAAUUCGUCUAUGCAAUUAAGUCCAAGAAAGCAAACCAAGUGGAUGGGCAAUAUUCAUAAUGUAGAUCUGUCUACUGCAGAAUUUAAAUCACUGCCUGCCGAUGUGCGUUAUGAUAUUCUUACAGAUCUUAAGGAAACUAGAAAACAGAGUUCAUGGGGACGUUUACAUGAAAUGCCUGAAGAAUCAAAUAAAUUUUCUACUUUUCAAAUGAAACGUUUAUUAAAACGUAGAUUUGUACAAGAAUCACUAGAAUCUGCUGAAAAAGAGAUGGGAGGUAAAACCUUAACUUUGGAUGAAUUAGAGAAAUUAUUAACUGAACAGGGUGUGCAGACUAAUAGAGACAAUGCAUACCGCAUUGCAUCAGAUAGUACAUCUAGAGUAAUUUAUAUUAGUGAUAAAGAUACAUUAAUUCGAAAUACCACUGAGGAUACAACAAAUAAGAAAGAUGUCUUAAACAGAAUAGAUGAGGAAUUUGAACCUGUUGCAGGCCCCAGUGGUAUUGCAAUAACUCGUAAAAACCUAAAUGAAUUUCAAUUAAGCGAUGGAGAUAGUGAUAGUAAUUUAACAAGCUAUAGCAACUCUGUACCUAUUAUUGAAAAUAUAAAUGAGUAUGAAUUUGGUAGUGAUUGGGAAUCAGAAACUGAAAAAAAUGAAUCUUCACCGCUUCCUAAAAAAUAUCAGAACAAAAGUAUCAUUAAUCCUGCUUUAACAUAUAUGUUAGAGCAUAGUAGUUUAACGCAAGAACAAAUUAUGCAACUUAUAGAGCAAACUAAACAAAAUAGUAACAAAAAAACUAAUACUCAUUCAAGUACAAGUACGAAAUCAUUAUCUAUGUUAGAACCAAUUAUAAACAAUACAAAAAAUGAAAAGGAGGAACAGCAAAAAAUUACUGAAGAAAAUUUAAUUGGUUGUAAUCAAAUUGUAGAGAAAAAUAUACCUAUAUAUCCAUUAGAAGAUUCUAUUUUGGAUAUUUCUACAGAAAAUAAUAGUAGUAAUUUUCAGUUUGUAGAAGACAAUGAUAAAUUAAUUUCAGAUGAAGAGAAAAUUGAGUGUUACUCACAACCUAUUGUCCCUAUAACAUUAGAUAAACAUACGACUGACUCAGAUUCUGAUGAAUUUAUUGAAAUACCAGAUGUUCCAAUACCUAAUUCAAAUAUUUCAAAAGAAAUUACUAAAAAACAUGUUAUUGAAAUAUCAUUUAAAUCCAAUGAAAAAAUUGAAAAUGAUAUAUUUGCAGAUGUAUUUAAAGAAUCAAGUCAAGAUAUAUUUUCACAAUCUACCGAAUCUGUUAUCUCUCCAUUGAUAGAGCGGACUAUUUCAACAAGUGUUUUUCAAGAUUUAAAUAAACAAAAUGAUAACAAAGACAGUGAAGUUUCAGAAAUUUCAACAUUGAAAAGUUACAACUUUUACAAAACUUCAUUAGAUAAAAAGACAGAUUUGCAUGAAGAAGGACAUGCUCAUAUAUUUCAAUCAAGUAACGUGGACGAAGAUCACAUUAAGAAGAUUCAAAAAAGCAAGAUUUUUAUAAAUGCAGAGGAUGCUUGUGAUACAGCUGAAUUACCUGAGGAUACAAUGAAUGAAAAAAAAGUUUUACCUACAAAUGAGACUGAACUUUUAGAGUUAAAGGCAAAUCUAGAAGAUGAACAGAAACAACUCACGGAAAAUAUCAGUAAAUUGGAGAGGCAAGCUACAGACAUAUCUGAUCAAAUAAGAAUUGAGGCUCAGGAGCUUUUACGUUUAUUUGGUAUACCAUAUGUUAUUGCACCAAUGGAAGCAGAAGCUCAGUGUGCUUAUUUAGAACAGAUUAAACUUACUGAUGGAACGAUUACAGAUGACUCCGAUAUUUGGCUUUUUGGAGGACAAUGUGUUUACAAAAAUUUCUUUAAUAACAACAAGAAAGUAUUGCAAUUUCGAUUUUGUGAUAUACAACAUCAUUUUAAAUUGACCCGUCACCAAUUAAUACAGUUAGCUCUUUUGGUUGGAAGUGAUUAUACUACAGGUAUACCUGGUAUUGGACCUGUAACGGCACUUGAAAUAUUAGCUGCAUUUCCAACGCAAGGAGAUAACUUAUUACAUGGUUUAAUUAAUUUCUAUUUAUGGAUACAAAAAGAUAAAGCUAUAGAUUCUAGUAAAAAAAGUUUACGUAACAAGUUACGAAAUAUAAAAAUCGAGAAAGGUUUUCCAAGUCAAGCUGUUGUACAAGCAUAUAUGUUUCCUUCAAUAGAUGAAUCAAAAGAAAAAUUUACAUGGGGUCGACCUAAUAUGAUUUUAUUGUCAGAUUAUACGACCUUAAAGUUUGGAUGGAGUAAGAAUAAAUUUAAUGAGAUAAUAAAGCCGGUAAUUAAAAGAAUGGAAGAAUCUAAACAGCAACAAACAAUAGAAUCAUAUUUUAAGUUAAAAGCAAUACCAAAAUCUAUUGAAAUGAAUCUAAGUAAAAGAAUUAAAAAAGCUGUUAAUAGCUUAAAUAGUGAGAAUGUAGAGUUGGAUAUUAGUGAAACUGAUAUGAAUAAUAAGAUGGAAAAAAGUGGUAACAAGCGGGUACGUAAAAAACAAAAUAAAAAAGAGAAUGAUGACGAUGUAAAUCCUAUUAAAUCUAACAGUAUAAAUGAAAAGUUGACACCUAAUGUAUCUAACGAUGAUAACAAAAAAAGUACCAAAGAAUAUAUACCACAGAGAGAAAAGGACAAAGCAAAUUCUUUGAAAAAAAAGAUGCACGCAAUAGAAGUAUUUAGAAAAUCAAAAUCUGGAUUAGAUAAAACAAAAAAGAUUAAACGUAAUGUUCGGAAAAUAGUACAAGAAGCGAAACUUUCUGAAAGUAGCGAUAGCAAUUAGAAAAGUAAAUGAUAGAAUUUAUAAAUGCAGCACUAUGUAAUAUAUAUUCGUAUUGUAGAAUCUAUAUUUAAUUACCAUACAAGUUUUUACUUUUAUUUUACGAAAUGUAAAAUCGACAAUGAAGUCGUUAUUGAGUUAAGGAUCUUUCACAGUUAUUUGUUUUGUUUCAUAUAUAAACAGUAUCAAACAAUAUAUUUUCGCAUGAAUUAUUCUUUUAUAUGUCGCGAGUAAUUAUUUUUUCAUAUGUCGAUGAAUAAAGUAAAACUGUAUUUAUUAUUAUUGAAUUGUUUCUAAAAAUAUAAUAUAUUUUUUUAUAAAACCAUUUUCUAUACUUUUAAUUCAAUCGAUUCCAUUCAUCUAAAGUCACACAUUAGGAAUAUAAGUCUGUAAACAUUAUUAAACAACUAUUUAAGUGCAACUAUCUCUAAUGAAUGUGUAUACAUAUAUUGUUUAUAUAUUGUUUAAUUUUUUUACCUUAUCAAGUAGUACCUCUUUAUUACGUUAUUUAAAAGUACUGUGUAAUGAAUUUCAAUGAAUGCAAACAGGAAAAAUGUGUAUCAGUUUAUUAAAAAAAACAUAACGAGUUCGAAUGUUAAAAUAUUAUAUCUCAGCAUAUUUUGUAAUGUGUGUGUAUGGUAAAUGCAUUUAUAUUAACAUAUAAUCAAAUUAGUGUUCUAUCAUACUAAUAUACAUAAUAUUAUUUGAAAUAAUUACGGGUUUCUUGUUUUAUUAGAUAAUACAAUAAAAUCACAGUUUAUAAUGAAUAUUUGUAGUACUGUCAUAAAAAGAUAAUUAUUUCGAUUUUUAAGGUACUAUUUAUGCACAGUUUACUUAGUUUUUAUUCGCUUUUUGUUGUUCGUUUGUUUUUUUAACAUUUUUUGAUGUUAUGAAUUAAUAUAUAGUUUAUUUUUGUUUUAUGAAUAGUUUGUUUUCAGUCUAGGAAUAAAAUUUUUUAUACAGUAUUAAUUACUUCAUAUUUUACUUGUUUUAUAUUUUGAUUCACUUAAAAAAAAAGAAUUGUGCAUAGAAAUUAACUAUUUGUGCACUUUCUGUAUGAAAGGCAUUUAAAUGAUACUAAAGCAGAAGGACAUAGAUUAAAAUCCAGCCACACUUCCUUGCCUUCGAUAAUCUGAAUUCGCUGUUAUACCAUUUUCAUCAUUUGCCACUGCUGUGAUAGCACUUCCUAUUCCCGUAAAGGUCGAUACAUUAUGUUUAACUUCACGCAAAUAUUGUAUGAUAUCGGGACAAAAACCUUUUUCUGUUUGAGCUGUCAUCGGUAAUAACUAUAUAAAAAAGAAACUUUUAUUAAUUUUAUCUUAUAUUUUACAUAAUUUAUCUAUUUAUGUUCUUUUAUAUGAAACUUUAUCUUAAAAUAUUCGUUCUUAUUAAAAAAGGAAAAAUAAAUAAACAAUGAUGUUAAUUUUAUAGUAAUUUGAUAAUAUUAUUACCUGAUGAUGAAUUCUAUAAGAAUCGAUCGUUUCCUUUAUAUUGUAUCCACCCCACAGAUUUAAAAUCAUACAGGUAGCAAUAGCGGUCGUGAUUUUUGUACCGCCUGCGGCACCGAUUACUAAUCGAACUACUUUAUCUUUACCUAUCUGAAAUCAAUGUUGAUACAAUAUUUUUAUUAAUAAUUAUUAAUAAUAAUAUAUGUUAUGGACUUAGUGAUUAAUACAUUUAUGAAUGAUCGUAAUAAAUUUAUUAUAGAAAACUAUGUAAAAAGAUGCAACUCUAAUGUCGAAAUUUAUUACAAUGUUCAAAAAAUCGAAUUGCUCAAAGAGAAUGGAGCUUUGUUCCAUUUAAUAAAUUAAUCAAUAUUCAUCAGGUUGCGUGAUUUCACUAUUUAAAAUGAUCGGGUAUUAUAAAUAAUGGCCUCUUAGUCACUUGACUUAUCAAAUAUAUAUAAGAAUGUAGACUUCUGAUUUAAUUAUGUACAUCGUUAUAUGUUUCAUUAACAGUUCUCAUUUAAUAAGAAAAUCUUCCAUAAUCGAUUGAUCUAUGUGCGUCUUUAUGCACAUGUUCAUUAUCCUUUGUUAGAUGACUUUGUGAAUGCGUCUGACCGAUUACGAAAGACACAUAUGUAGAGAACCAUAAGCAAUAUAGUUAAACCUAUAAUCAUUGUGAAUGCAACGCAAUUACAUCGUUUAAUAUAAUGAUUCUUAGAAUUGAGUAUAUUUUACCGUGUCUAUGUUACUAUUUUCUUUGUGCUGGUUAUUGGUACUUGAAGUUUCUCUCUAUAAAUUUUCCAUUCACUUUCGCAAUAUACACAUAAUGCACGCGCGCGUGUAUGUGACCGAUUUAAUACUUAUGAACAUGCGCUAUGAAUGCCUCUAUUAUUACGUGUCUUGCUAUCAUAAAUUUUCGAAGUUAGUAUUGCUACAAGUAUCGUAAAUAGUUAUUGAAUAAAUGUAUUGGACAUAUCGAUAUAAGGUACAAACAGGAUCUAAGUAGAAAACAUUUACCACUAUCGUUGGACUCAUAGAACUUAAAGGCCUCUUGCCUGGUCGAAUAAAAUUUGCUGGUGAUGGAGGAACUUCAAACCCGUUAGUUAUAUCAGGCGAACUGAAGUCGUCCAUUUCGUCAUUGAAUAUUAUACCGGUAGAUUUCGAACGAAUCAUUGCUCCGAAACUAAUAUAAUAAAGAAAAUCAGAUAAAAUCAUUAUUUGUUACUUUUUAAAUCGAUUUAAAAUCUUAUUAUUACAUCAUAAAGAUCGAUCGAUAGACUUACACCUGAUUGAUCGUAGAAGUCACCGAUACCGCAGAACCAUCAGGCGCCAAUACAGAAACAUGAGCUGUUCCAGAAUCCAUAGUUGUUGCCGUAACGGCGCCGUAGUGUUUAGGAUCGUUACUUGUUUCGUAGUCAUUGAUUUCAUUUUUUAUUAUUUUUGCAUAAUCCUUAGACGUUAGAUUAGUUAACAAACUUUCUGCAAUAAUUAAAAAAUAAGCUCGUUCAUAAAUGUAUAACAGAAGUUGUAAGGAUAAAUCAAUUCUUUCGUAAAUUAUUUCGUUUGCUCUAUUUUAACGAGUCAUGUGAUUACGUUAUGAUCAAUUAACUUUCCUAGGAAGAAACGAUUAACCUCGUAAUUUUCCUGGGAAAGAUGAAAACAUUGAAUAGUGUUAAUAUAGUGCAAUUCUUCAUCUAGCUGUAAUUGUAGAAAAAAGAAUCAAAUCGAUAAUAAAAAUGCUUUUAAAUUAAUUUUUAUCAUUUAGUCGAUAAAUUAAUUUAUCUAUUUUUAAUUCAUAUAAUCUUAUCGAAUGAACUAUCUAUAUCUAUCUUAGUCGGUAAGAAUCGGUAUUAUGUAUCUUCGGUCAGAGAGAGAGAGAG